GAAUGGAAUGGAAAAAUGUGUGGAGCGAAGUGGGCGUUAGUAUUCAUCAAAUACAUUGUUGUGCCACUUAUAACCCUGACCAUCGCACCCUACGUCUGGAACAUUGUUGGGCUUAGUUGGAAUAAGGUGGGCUCGGAUUUGGAACCCACCAUGCAAAGCUCCUCAGUAUUCUUAGCUGCCAAGCCUCCUGCUCCUGCUGCCUGGGCUCCCCUUCGCGUGAACUCGCUGUACACAAGUCGACCACCGACUCCGACCACCACCAACGAUCCCAAUUCAAUGGCGGCAGCUGGUCCUAAGUGGGCCCAGAAAACCAUAACUCUUCCUCCCCAGAGAAGGGGUUGUCAUCUCAUCACCCCUAAGAUUGUGAAGGAAAUUGGGCAAGAUCUGUCAGAAUUCAAGUGUGGCCUUGCUCAUCUCUUCUUGCAGCACACAAGUGCUUCUCUUACUAUCAAUGAGAACUAUGACUCCGAUGUCCGGGAAGAUACUGAGACAUUCCUCAACAGGAUAGUUCCAGAGGGACGGUCUGCUCCUUGGAAGCAUACAAUGGAAGGCCCAGAUGACAUGCCAGCACAUAUCAAAUCUUCAAUGUUUGGCUGCACACUCACGGUUCCAAUUACAAAUGGACAGCUUAACAUGGGAACCUGGCAGGGGAUAUGGCUGUGUGAGCACCGUGACCAAGCUACUCCUCGCAAAGUUGUGGUUACUCUCAAUGGAAUAUGAGGUUCGAAAAAUUUGGAGAUUUCUGUUUCUUUUCUCAUCUGUGUAUGUAAGCAAUGAUAUACUUUUUUUUAGUAUUUCCAUGACUUGAUGUGUUAGUAAUGAAAUGUCAGUGUUGUGCUGCAUUGCCACUUGGUUUUAAAAGGAUAAAGCUUUGUGAA